CUCAAGGAAUUGGGAUGUUUCAGUUUCAGAUUAAUUAUUACAAAUUAUUAUUCAGAAUUGCAGCUGUUUUGUCGAUAUUCCUAAAUAAUAAAUAAUGUUUUCAUGUAUCAAUUGUGUGUUAUUUGUACUGAAAUAAGUGAAGUGAACAUAUAUAUUGAUGAUGCUUUCAUAAGAAUAGACUAGUUCGAGUUAUAACAAUAGGUGACAGAAUAAAGAUAACAUAUAGAUAUUAAAACAGAUCAACAAAAUGUGGAACAAAAAAACUUGGACGUUUAAGCAUCUCACCGAAUUUAGUAAACAUUUUUUGAGCCACAGUGGACUAUAUACACAUAAUUGGUUUUAUAAUUACAAAACAAAUUUAUCAAAACGUAACUUUGGUCUGUUAAAACUGGCGACAUCUUUAAACAAACCCAGGAGUAUAUAUGUUAUGUUGUCUAUAGUUAAGAAAUAUCUGGCACAUAUGAUUGAAGUGACACGUAUCUGCGUAAUCCGUAGUCAAGGUAAUGAGAUGCAGUUAAAAGUGUUGCUCGAUGAAUUACCGCAGCCAAUGUGGGCCGUGAUCGACAAGCUGGCACUGGUCCAUAUUGUGGAUGCGAUGGAGAGCACGAAGCUCGGCUUUUUACCCACCUACUGUUCAACUACCGUCACAAAAAUAGUCAGCGACAUAGUUAAACUCGCUCGCAAGAAUAUAGCCGCAAAAGCAAUGGGAGUGCGGGGGGAGGGAGACAAGAUGGCGAACUAUGUGCUCAGCCCGAUGGUGGUUAAAGAGGCGGCUGAUGAAAUGCACGUGUCGAUACAAACGGUUUUUAGGGUGUGGAAAGCGGCAUACUUGCGCACAGUAAAGCGUCUCCAGGCUGGAGAGCCAUUAUUCUUACCCGAGUGGCAAGUGGCCGAUAUAGCUAUACUGUACGACCCGUCGAUAUGUGUUGUUGCGAAGAAUUACCGUAUGACCUGUAAAAUGGAAGAUAUGAUGAAACUAUUACACUUACUGCAAAAGGCAAUAGCCAAGAUACCACGACCCGUUGGCACAGUUGACGUAAUUUUUGCUAUCCCGGAUCCCGUAGGAUCCGAAGACGUUUUGGCUUCAAGAACUAUAGCAACAUUAACUUUAGGAUCCGAGUCUUUAGCAACAGGAACUUUAGGAUCCGAGUCUUUGAAUACUGGAGCAUUGGCUACAGGAGCAACAGGAAGUCUAGGAACCAAAUAUUUAGAAUCUUCGGAAACCGGAAUUUUGCCUACUGACCCUCUAGGAUCCGAAAGUUUUAUGUCAAAAGAAAAUAUAGAGGGUACUGCAACCGUUGACACUGAUACAAAUACCAACGAUCUUUUAGAAGGUACUGGGCAAAAGGUUGCCGGGUCCGAGGGGAAUUCAACGGGAUCCCAUUUGUAUAGAGAGUGGCUGGCUCGUGUGUGGACGGCUGUACAUUUUGCGUAUUGUUCGAGCGGUGACUUAGUAUCACUCCCGCUACUCCAACGCCGCUGGCACGAAGCCCGAACUCUCGCGCGCAGUUCGCUCACGACACCGAGCGAUCUAAACUCGCUCAAUUCGCUCAGCUCGCUCAGCCGGUUCGUUCAACUCGUCGCUCAGAUGUUUCCGAACGCAGUAUUAACUAAAAGUCCCGACUGGCUCGAGCUAGUGCAGCAGGAUCUUGUUAUACUCACGCCUUUGAGUACUCCAGACUUAGGUCUUCUUGAAGAUCUCGAAAAUUGUCAUGACAUAGUCCCCUUGGAAGAAAUUUUCAAUACUUUAGAAAUCAAUGAUGAUUCCAUGCAAUAUGUUCAAACCGAAGAAGAUGAUUUCUUAUUAGAAAAUGAAAAUGAACCGGAAACAUUAGAAAAAAUCCAAUCAAUUGAUCCGAGUAACGCUAAAGUUAGUAUUAUAUUCGAAAGCGAUUCCGAUGAAGAUAAACAUGAAUCGAAAUCUCUAGAAACAGUAGUAAGGGAAAAUGAUAAUACAAAUGAAUAUCAGCCCGUAGCUAAAAAACCAAGAAUCGACUUCGAAAAAGACUCCCGAAUAGAUUUAAAGAUUUUAGACGAAAGAGAAAUUGUUAAAAGUAAUGUUGUCAUUGAUAAUAUUAUUUCGGAAGGCAGUUCAGUAUUAAAAAAAGCUCCCGUAAAAGGUAGUUUAUGUAAAACUAAUUUAAAUGAUUCAGAUUCGGAUGAUAAUCUCAUGAUUGACGAAACUAUUAAUGCUGAUUCUUCACAAAGUGAGGAAAAGAAAGAUAAACUAUACGUUGUACCUUUGGAUAGUAUUCUAAAAAACGUGUGUUCUAAGAAAAAUUACGAUAAAUCGCACAGAUUUAAAAUUAAAGAAGAGCCGAGUGACGCUAAGCUUAAUGUUGUUAAAGAUUUCUUAAAAAUAAUAGAUAGUAAGGGUAAAGGAGGUACUGAUGUAUUACUGGACAAUUUAAAUAAAAUGUUGAAUAUGAAAUAUAAGAAUUUACUAGGAGAGACUAGUAGAGAAGAUAGUGUAAGUAAUAGUGAAGAAAAUGUAUGUCAAGAUGAUGAUAAUUCUAAUUCAAGUAUGGAUAUUGAUGGAAGUGAUUGUUGUGAUGAUGAAAGUGAUGCUGCUGGUAAAUUAGAUCCCGCAUUGACAAUGGACACAAAAGUUUUAUUAUGUCGUUGUGAUGAAAUACCGACCUGGCAGAGACAUUCGAAAAACGGCUCGAUCAAACUCAAACAAUAUACUGUUAGUAAUCUUAUGAAAUACAACAAACCUGUAAGAAAAAAUAAACAAGCAAAUUCCGGAAUUAAUAAUGAACGUGACAUUUCAGCAAGGAAAGACAAUAAAAUGGCAGCCAUAGUGAAAAAUUUGGAGAAAGAACAAAAUAUAUUUCUGGACAUGUUCACAAGACCAAUGAAUGAUUUAGAAAUUAAAGAGAGGCAAAAGAUAAUACAGUUGAAACUAUCGCAAACGAAUCCAAGCCCAGAUGCGACAAAGUCGAAUAGAAUGCUAUCAGAAUUGUUGAGCAAACCGCUAUUCUUACCCAAAACUAAGAAUUUAUCUAAACACCGUGCAAGGAAUAUACCAAUAGAUGGUCAGAUUAUAAAAAUUGAAGAUGACGAGAGUACAAUAGACCUCACACGAAAUAUAAAUGAAGAUACAGUGCCAGUAAUGUCAAGUAUUGACAAACAGACGAUGGAACUUGCAAAAAUCUGUGAUCUAAGUAGAUUUACUGAACUAUCAAACGCACACACGAUAGUGAAAGAUAUUCAAAAGGAAUUGCAUUUACUCUCACUAAUAUCGAAUAAAUUAAAAAACAUGUCACAAAUUACGAAUGAGAAAAACAAAGAACAAAACACGUCUAAUCCAACAAUCGAUAUCACAAAAAUUCAAUCUCAAAUAAAUAUAUUGUCAGCAAUGUCCAGAAAACUAAAUAUGACACAAGAAAAUAUAUCGAAAAUUAAAGAGGAGAUUAAUAUAUUUACACAAUUAUCAAAUGCAGAUAAUGGUGAAGAAAAUUCAAGUAAAGAACAAGAUACAGAAAUAACUGAAAAUAUGGAUGUGGUAGAAACAACAUCACAAAACGACCAGACAAAUAUAACAGAUACAUUCGAAGAUAAUGUAGAUUCUAUAAAUGCACAAAAUAGUCCAGAAAAUUAUAUUGCACUUCCAAAUACUUUAGAAGUUAAAAAAGAACCUGAUUUCAUAGACACAGCAUCAACUUCAAAAGAUAUACCAAAUGAAUCAAGCUCUGUACAAGAAAAACCGAAUGCUCCCAAAUCACAUAGCUCGGUUCAAGAAAAACCGAAUGCUCCCAAAGAAAACAAAGCAAAUGACAAAGCAGUUGUUAUUUCAAACAUACUCAAAGAAAUAUUACAGACAGUUGAUGAACAAUGCAAGAAAUCAGAUAAAGUAUUAUCUGCCAAACUUGUUACUGCUAAACAAAAUUUACUCGCAAAAUCUUCAAAAACGACAUCUACAAUGAAAAAUAUUGACAAAGAAAGUACACCAAAUAUAUAUGAACCAUCAAAAGGGGAUUCCUUACGAAAUUUAUUACUAAAACCGUCGAAAAUACCGAAAAGUAAAGAGAGUAAUAAAUCGACUGCACUUGCAAAUGUACUUAAAGAAAUUUCCGAUACAGUAGAUAAACAGUCUCCAAAUAAAAAUGAAGCGCCAAUAUCAACCUUUUAUUUAAUACCAAGAGAUACGAGUAAUAAUAAUGAAAAAGCCGAUUCACAAAGUAAUGUAGUUACAGUACAUCACUUACCUUUUGAAUUAAAAGACAAGGAACAAACAGAAUAUAACAAUGAUAUAGAUAAAACUAAAUACGAUAAAUCGGUUGCAAUUUCAAAUAUACUCAAAGAAAUCACAGAUACAAUUGAUAAACAGAGUAAACCAAAAGAUGCAAGUGAGGGUUCGAUGCAAGAGUGUCUUCUAACGAAAAUAUUUAAUAAAUCGACAGACGAUUUACUCGAAAACGUAUAUAAACAUGGUGUCACGAAAACACUAAUCAAAAAAGAGCCUAAUGUUAAAAUUGAACCAAAUGAACUAGAAACAAAAAUUAAAACAGAAGAUAAUUUGUGUGAAACGACGAAUAUAUUUGACUCGGCUUUUGAAGUUUCCGACGAAUUUUCUGAUACCAAAGAUCUUCAAAUAGACGAAGAUAUGAAUGAUAAUGAAGAUUUACCGCCAAAGUUAAUAAAAAUGCUGAAAAAACAUGGCCUCAAUGAAAUGCCAGUUAGUUUUUGGAAAAAUGAAAAUAAUAUUUAUUUGGCUAAAUGGUGUAAGCCGUUUAGUGUAAAAGUGCGAAAAAUGGCUCGAAGGCAAGUGAAAAAAGUGGAAUUGCCGAAUAUAGAAGAAGUAAGGAAGAUAAAUAAGACUAUGUUGAUAGCCCAGGUUGCACCUACUGUCACACACACGUCGAUCAAACCUCAGCCCUCUUUAGCGGAUAAUAAUUUUGACGUAAGAAAUACAGUGCCUAUCGGUCAACCAAUUGUAAAGUCAAAACAAACUGAUUUAAUGUCGUAUAAGAGUUACUUUAAAGACCUAUACAGCGACGUGCUACCAUUAUUGGCAUUUUCUGCCAAGAAAAUAUUAAAAAGUCAAAAAUUGAUAAAUCGACGGAAUCAGGAUAUGAAAAAACAGGACCAAACAGAUAAAACGGAUACACCAAUAGCCGACGAUUUACAAGAGAGUUCACAGACGUCUUUAAAUAAUCAAAAAUUGAUAAGACGACGACGGCGUAAGAAAAAGAACCAAACAGAUAUAUAUGAUAAAGUAGAUACUCCAAUGGCGGACGAUUUACAAGAAUGGGAACGACAGAAGAACAAAGUUCGUCAAUAUUUCGAACUGCCCAAUUAUAAGAAAAAUAUAGAAGUUAUUAAUGUUGAAAAAGAUGAAAAAACAAAUGAAUCAGAACAAACAGUUAUUGUAUUAGAUUCGGAUGAUGAAAUACCAAGCGCAAGCGAUACAUUUGGUGAUAGACAAAAAGACGUACGUGUUAAUGUAAAUGUAAAAUAUAAAAAUAUAGAUGAUGAUAAUAGAUACAUUACUAAAAAUAAAAGGAAAAAGAUUACGCAUGAAACUAGAAUACUCGAUAUAGAUGAUGUGAAUAAGGAAAUACAAAGUGAAAUAGAGAAUGUACUUACAGUGAAAAGAAGCAAGGAACAGACAGAUCCGAUGCUUGCAAUGGAUGUCACCAGUAAAUCGUCUCGAUACAUUUCAACACCGCGAGCAUUCAUACCGGUUCGCAUGUACCUAUCCAGUACGCCCCACAAGAUGGCGCCUUUAUUUAAAGUUGACGCUUCUAAACAAUUAUGGAUUUUAGACGCACAAUAUUUAAUUUUAACUACCAAAGAAUUACCAUUUCAAUCGCCCAGUUACUGGACGAGCGUAAGCGGGCCUAAUUUCAAAAGAUUCACGCAACUUUUAUUUGAAGAUAUCGAUGAAAAGAUAGAUAAAGAUAAAGAUAGUGAUGUUGGAAAAGAUGCAGUAGUAGAUCUAACAAGUGAUGGUGAAGAAAUGGACGCAAUAAGCGGUAAUAUUAAAUGGGGAAAAAUGAAAACUAGAAAGAUAUAUUAUAAUCGAAUGUUGCGUGAUUACGGGCUGAACGGUGUUGUGGUAUAUAGCGUGAUCCAAGAAAUGAGCGUAUUCCAGAAGGUGAUGAUCACGAGAAAUCGUCUCUUAAUUUACUCGCUUAAGACAGGCGCGUUUGCACAACUAAGACAACUCGUCGAUAAAAAUCAUAUCUCCCAAAAAGCACCGGAAUCUAGUUCUAAAGAUCCCGUUGAAUAUGUUGAUAUAACAGAUUCAGAGCCUCAAAUAUCUGAAAUUAAUCAAACGCCUAGUCAAUCAAAAAAUAUUUCUAUAUCAGUACCAAGUGUUGUACCGUUCCACGAACUUCCUGAAUCACAAAAUAGCAUGAGACCAUUUAAUUCUACACCUACUACAUUACCUACUAAUCCAGUAUUCAACCAGCCUAUAUUACCAAGCGAUAAAACAUCUAAAAAACUUUAUAUUUCAGUAUCAAACGCGUCUUCAUCUAAUCCUACUUAUACAUUAUGCGAAUCGGAUAUACUUUUAUCACAAGAUGACACUACAUCUGAUUUUCCUUCUUUCACAUUCUCUAUUACACCUGACGUUACACUAUCAAAAAAUAUACCUAAACCUAACACUGUAUCUAAUAAUAAUCCUUCAGUUAUUGUAUCACCAUCAUCAUCAAUAAAUCAUAAUAAUCCGGCUUCUAUAAUCAAAACUAAUAAUUCUGUAAUUGUAAAACCAUCAACUUCAAAAAAUGUUUCAUCUAACAUUACACCGCAAAAUAUACAUAUUUCUUCACCUAACGUUACACCUGAAAAUAUACCUAUUUCUGCACCUAACGUUGCACCUGAAAAUAUACCUAUUUCUGCACCUAACGUUACACCUGAAAAUAUAUCUAUAUCUGCACCUAACGUUACACCUGAAAAUAUAUCUAUAUCUGCACCUAACGUUACACCUGAAAAUAUAUCUAUAUCUGCACCUAACGUUACACCUGAAAAUAUAUCUAUAUCUGCACCUAACGUUACACCUGAAAAUAUAUCUAUAUCUGCACCUAACGUUACACCUGAAAAUAUAUCUAUAUCUGCACCUAACGUUACACCUGAAAAUAUAUCUAUAUCUGCACCUAACGUUACACCUGAAAAUAUACCUAUUUCUGCACCUAACACAGUACCUAAUAAUACAAUUUCGGUUAUAGUAAAAGCAUCAACAUCACGUGUACCUAUUCCAAUACCAACCAAAGUAGAAAAUCCAGAAAAUCAAAUAAUUCCAACAUCCGAUACAAAUGUACGACCAAAUUUACCAACAUGGAUGAUACAAUCGCAAGCUACAGGAAAAGCUCUUAGCUUGCUUUUAACACCUAUAAUAGUUUCUAAUAAAGAUAAAAUUCAAAAUACACAAAGUGAGGAAAUAAACUCAGAUGAAACAGAUUCUAUAGAGAAUAAAUUUCAAAUCAAAGCUGAACCAGAAAUGGUAGGUUCAAAUGAAACGACAAGUAAUGAAACUUUGUAUAUGCCACCUUUGUUAAUAGGACCGCAAAUAACGGAUAAUAAAUCUAAUAAAAAUAGUGUUAAUAAUAAUAUAAAGGCAGAAACUGAAAAUGAUCAAAAUGAGCCACCAGAAGAAAAUUCGGAACAUAAAUUUCAUGAAUUAGAAAUAAAUAAUGACAAUUCAACAGUUGAAAAUGAAAAUUCACUCGAAAAUAUAUCAGAGUCUGAUCCUCUGGAUAUAUCAGAGUCUGAAGGUAAAGACAUUAAAAGUGAAGAGAGUACGCAAACUUCUGAAGAAUUAAAUCUGCCAGUAUGAAAGUUGAUUUAAAAAAUAAAACUUAAAAAACUAAGCCAAUCUAAUUUUUGUUAGAGACGCAAAAGAAAAGGAAUGUCAAAUUAUGUGAACGUAGUAUUAAUUUUUGUAAAUAAUGAUUUUUUAUUUAUAUAAAUACAAUUUGCGAAUAAUAAUUAGGUUAGAAUUUAAUAGAUGUAAGCCAAUGUAUUAUGAUAAGUGCACGACUGUUAUGUAUGUCUUAAUAAUCUUACUCUUCAAUAGAAUUGUUGAAAAAUGUCGUAUUAACAUGAUAAAUUACAAUAAUUUUGUAAAUUAUGGUUCAUUUAUGUUCUAAAGGUAUAUUAAUAAUUAAUAUUGAAUGUGGUGUGUAAUAAAUUUUUUUGAAUUUAAA